AUGGCUUCUCCGCAGCAAAUUGUGAUUGAGCCUAUGACCCAGCAGCUCCUGGUCCAGAAUGCUGGUGAAGACUGGACAGGGAUCACUAGCACUGCCGAAAGACGAAAGUUGCAGAACCGAUUGAACAAAAGAUCGCAAUAUCUCAGGAAGCGGCAGAAACUUACAAAGAGCCGACAAGCCGACAAGCCAGCCACACCGAAGCCUUCAACAGAAAUCGCUGUCCAAACAUCUCCAAACUCCAUGAUACAAGCUAUUAUGGAAAUGUGCGAGGUAUUCAACAGUCCAGAUAUCAGUCAAAGGGUAUUCGCUCUCGCGAGUAUGGCUUAUUUGGACUAUACCAUGAAUGCGCCACGGAUCUCACAACUACCAUUUCUCAUCACAUUGAACGUCAACAUAGCCAUCGCCAAGAAUGCUACAUUACUAGGAUUCGAUCGCGCGCUCAUGUGCAUCGACGAAGCGAUAUCGCCUUUCAACCAAAAUGGGCCGUGGCCAGUUUGUUACAAUCCACCAAAGGUCUUGGAACCAACAUCGGUACAAAAGGCUAUCCUUCAUCAUCCCUGGCUCGACAUAUUUCCUUUUCCAAAGUUCAGAGAUAAUAUUAUCCUGGCAGCAGACGCAGAGCUUUUGGAUGAUGGCGAGCUCUGUGAAGAUGUAGCGGAAGCGAAUAUACAGAAUACUGAGAGGCCGAGCUUAAUUGUGGAGGCAGAGCAGGGGUGA